CAUUCAGAUGUCACAAGGAACGCUAAUCAGCAUUCUUAUGCUGUUUGGUUCCUCGUGUACGCUGCACACCAUUAACAGAGAUAUUCUGACCACUAUCAAAGACAUACCACCCGUGAACGCCAGUCUGCCUAGCGUGCUGCCAAAUACAGACCUUAGCGAUGAUACUCCAGAUAUUCCCAAACCAAGCAGCAUCAAUGUUGGCCGCGGUCAACACCAUAGCUUUAAUGGAAACAGUAUGCAUCAAAACGAAAUUGCUCAAGAGAAAGGUUUAACAAGUGAAACUGCAAGUAAACCAACACACUUGCAAUCUGCUACUAUCCCGAAGACUAUAGACCCAUUCGAAUUUUUAUUGAGAGGUCCUAUUUCAUCAACGCAAGGCAUCAUAGAUCCUCUACGUAUGUUUGACCGUGAUCAAUUGUUACUAAUGAAGAAAGUCUCGCUAGGAGAAUCGUCAAGUGCACAUGGCGCACAUACGGCAAAAACCGGAACUGUAGAACCCAUAGACUUUCUUAACAACGACCAGCAGUGGCCGAUGAAAGGUUCAUCAGAUCUUUUACGAAGAAUCAAAAGUCCUAUAGCGGAAAUGCCGAAUACGUUCCUGCCAAAAGAAAACUCCUCAAACAGUAUAAUUGGGCAAAGCAAGUUAGUGCCUAUUGAAAUCAACAAGACAUGGCCUUUUACCAUCGUUGGUGAAAGCGUUGCUUUAGGUCCAAAUGCCGUUCCAAUGCCUGGAGGGGUACACACAAAAGGAACGGUAAACGAUAUCCUAAGCAAUAUACCUAAAUUGUUUGGUAAGAACAGACGCCAUUCAGUUACCUCGAAUAAUUUCAGGUUAUUCCAGUUUAACUAAGUCUCAGGACAAUAUAUCCGGUAAAGAUAGUAAAGUGAACAGCACACAACUUGAUGAUGUCACAUAUGCAGCCCAUUCGCAUGAUAAAGGCAACUUGUCGACAGAUGCAAGUCCGAUAGACUAUGAAGACUAUUAUGUAUCGACAGAAGCAACUCAUGUAGGCUAUGACAAUGGUUAUGUUUCGACAAUUGCGAGUCCAGUAAAUAAUGAACAAGGUUAUGUUUCGACAGAUACGAGUUUGGUAGGCUAUACACAUGGUCAUGUUUCAACGGAUGUGAGUCCUGGGAAUUAUGAAAAAGGGAACGUUUCGACAGAUGCGAGUUUGGUAGGCUAUACACAAGGUCAUGUUUCGACUGAUGUGAGUGCUGUAGGCUAUGAUCACCGUUAUGUUUCGACAGAUCCACGUCCCAUGGACUAUGAUCAAACUUACGUUUCCAAAGAUGCAAUGCCUAUAGGCUAUAUUGCAACCAAUGAAGGUAAUGUAGUAUAUGAAAAAGGUUUCAUUUUGACAGAUCCAAAUCCUGUAGGCUUUGAACAAGGUUUGGUUUCGACAGAUGCAAGGCCUGUAGGAUAUGAAAAAACUUAUGAUUUGACAAAAGCAAGUCCUGUAGGCAAUGGACAUGGUGACUAUCUGAAGGAUACCAAUCUAAACAAGGAUACACAAGGUGACCUCUCCAAAUAUGCAAGUAAUUCGGGAAAUAAACAAGGCUACCUCACGAAAGAUGCAAGUAAUACGGGAAAUGAACAGGGUUACCUCCCAAAAGAUACAAGUAAUACGGGCUAUGGUGAGCGUUACCUACCGAAACAGGGUUACCUACCGACAGAUACUUUUCUAACGGGCUAUAAACAGGGUUAUCUACCAAAAGAUGCCAGUCUCACGGGCAAUGAACAGAAUAACCUUCCACAAGAUGCCAGUAUAACGAGUAACGAACAGGUAACUACUCGUACGGGCUAUAAACAGGGUAACCUCCCGAAAGAGGCCAGUCAUACAGGUAAUAAACAAGGUUACCUCGCAAUAGAUGCCAGUCCUACAGGCAAAGAUGAGCGUUACCUUCCGAUAGAUUCCAGUCUUACGGUUAAUAAACAGGGAUACCUACCAAAAGAUGCCAAUCAUACGUACAAUGAUUUAGGAUACGUUCCAAAUAACUAUCUUUAUGUUGAGAAUGAGCCAGUAAACGUCUCAAUUUAUACCAGUCAAGCCGGCCAGAAGGAUGUAAGACCAGAAGUCAAAAAGCAGGUGUACGUUCCCAAGAACUAUCAUGCGGGCAGUGAACAACAAUACGACCCUAUAGAUAAACGUACUAUGGGCAUUGAACAAGAAUACAUACCAACAAUUAAGACCAAUGCGAAUAACCAACAAGGCUACAUACCAAGUGUGAAAAGCCCCGUAAGCAGCGCACCCGGUUACGUACCAAUAUCAAGAAAUGAACACGAUUAUAUCCCCAGUGAAGCAUUUCAAGCAGAAAGCGGACAUGGUAACUUACCAAGUAAGGCAGGCUUAAAGGGUAAUGAAAACGGUUACGUACACAGUGGUGCGAACCCAGAGGGAGCCAAACAAGUUUAUGUACCAAACGAUUCACGUCCAGUUGGAAGUGAUCACGGUAACGGACCCGGGGAUUUAAGCCCAGUAGUAACUGAAAAAAGUAACGUACCCAAUGAUAUAGGUAUGACGGGCAGCGAACAAGUAAAGGUACCAAGUGAUACAAGCCGAGCGGGGAGCGAACAUGGUAAUGUACCUAGUGAUUCACGCCUCCUGAAAAGCGAACAAGGUUACGUACCCAGGAAAGAAGACCCGAUGGGGAGAAAACAAGGUUACAAAACCAGUAUUACAGGCCCAAUGGGAAGCGAACAUGGUUACCUACCCAGUGAUGUAGUCUUAGCGGAAGGCAAGCAAGGCAGCGUAUCUAGAGUGGCAAGCCCAAGAGGGACCGAGAAAGGUAACGUUUCGAUAGAUGUAGGCCCACGGCAAAACAAACCAGAUUACGCACCCAGUGAUGCAGGCCCGGGAGUAUCUAGUCAGGGUUACGUAUCCAGUGAUGCCGAUCAAUCGGUAAAGAAACGAGGUUAUGUUCCCAGUUAUGCAAGCCUAGCGGUACCUGCACAAGUUUAUGUAGGGCCGGGUGGAAGUGAAGAAGGCUACAGAGUAAAUGAUGCAGGCCAAACAAGAAGAGAGCAAGGUUACGUUACCAGUUAUGAAGGCCUAGGAGUCACUGAAAAAGUGUAUCUAAGGCCAAUAAGAAUUGAACAAGGCUACAAAACAAGUGAUGCAAUCCCAACGGGAAGCGAACAAGGUUAUUCAUCAAGUGAUGCUGGCCAAACGGGAAGUGAACACGGUUACGUACCCGUAGAUGCAAACGCAACGGGAAGAGAAAACGGUUAUGUACCAAGCAGUUAUGCAGGCCUAGGAGUAACUGAAAAAGUGUAUGUAGGGUCAAGUGGAAGUAAUCAAGACUUCAGAGCAAGUGAUGCAGAGUCAAUGAGAAGAGAGCAAGGUUAUGUUCUCAGUUAUGCAGGCCUAGGAGUAACUGAAAAAAUGUAUGUAGAGCCAAAAGGAAGUGAACAAGGCUACACAAAAAGUGCUGAGGGCAAAGCGGGAAGCGAACACAGUUAUUUACCAAGUGCUGCAGGAAAAGCGGUAAGCGAACAAGGUAAUAUGCCAAGUUCUGAAGGGCUAGCGGGAAGUGAGCAAGGUUACUUACCCAGUGAUGCGGGCCCUGGAGUAACUGAAAAAGGUCACGUACACAGAAAUGCACGCCCAACGGGAAGCGAGCAAGGUUAUGUACCAAUUGCUGCUGGCAAAGCGAGAAGCAACCAAGGCUAUGUUCCUAGUUCUGCAGGAACAUCGGGAAGCGAACAAGGUUAUUUAUCAAGUGCUGAAAGCUCAGGGGGAAGCGAGCAAGGUUAUGUACGAAGUGCUUCAGGCAAAACGGGAAGCGAACAAAAUUAUUCACCAACUGCCGAAGGCUCAGCGGGAAGCAACCAAGGCUAUGUUCCUAGUUCUGCAGGAAAAUCGGGAAGCGAACAAGGUUAUUUAUCUAGUGCUGUAAGCUCAGGGGGAAGCGAGCAAGGUUAUGUACGAAGUGCUGCAGGCAAAACUGGAAGCGAACAAAAUUAUUCACCAAGUGCUGAAGGCUCAGCGGGAAGCAAGAAAGGUCAUGUUAAAAGUGCUGAUGGCUCAGCGGGAAACAUACAAGGUUAUAUACCAAGUGCUGAAGGCUCAAUGGGAAGCGAACAAAGUUAUGUCAUAAGUAAUGUAGUCAAAGCGGGAAGCAAACAAGGUCAUGUGCAAAGUGCCGAAGGCUCAGCGGGAAGCGAACAAGGUCAUGUACCCGGUGAUGCUGUCAAAGCGGUAGGCGAACAAGGUUAUAUGCCAAAUGCUGAAGGGCCAGCGGGAAGCAAGCAAGGUUACUUACCCAGUGAUGCGGGCACAGGAAUAACUGGAAAUAGGUACGUAUCCAGCAAUGGAGGUCUUACGGAAAACGAACAAGGUUAUGAAACAAGUACUGUUAGCAAAGCGGGAAGCGAACACGGUUAUUUACCAAGUGCUGCAGGAAAAGCGGUUAGCGAACAGGGUUAUAAGCAAACUGCUAAAGGGAAUGCGGGAAGCGAGCAAGGUUACUUACCCAGUGAUGCAGGCCCAGGAGUUACUGAAAAAGGUUACGACCCCAGUUAUGCACACCCACCGGAAAGCGAGCAAGGUUAUGUUCCAAGUGCUGCGGACAAAUCGGGAAGCGACAAAGGUUAUGUUCCAAGUUCUGCAGGCAAAGCGGGAAGCGAACAAAGUUAUGUACCCGGUGAUGCAGGCCUCACUCAAAGCGAGCAAGGUUAUUUACCAAGUGUUGAAGGCUCAAAGGGAAGCGAACGAGGUUAUGUUCCAAAAGCUGAGAGCUCAGCGGGAAGCCAACAAGGUUAUAUACCAAGUGCUGAAGGCUCAGCAGGAAGUGAACAAGGUUAUGUACCAAGUACUACAGUCAAAGCGGGAAGCGAACAAGGUCAUGUACCAAGUGCUGAAGGCUCAACGGGAAGCGAGCAAGGUUAUGUACCAAUUGCUGCUGGCAAAGCGGGAAGUAACCAAGGCUAUGUUUCUAGCUCUGCAGGCAAAUCGGGAAGCGAACAAGGUUAUUUAUCAAGUGCUGAAAACUCAGCGGGAAGCGAACAAGGUUAUGUACCAAGUGCUGAAAGUUCAGGGGGAAGCGAGCAAGGUUAUGUACGAAGUGCUGCAGGCAAAACGGGAAGCGAAAAAAAUUAUUCACCAAGUGCUGAAGGCUCAGCGGGAAGCAAACAAGGUCAUGUUAAAAGUGCUGAUGGCUCAGCGGGAAACGAACAAGGUUAUAUACCAAGUGCUGAAGGCUCAGCGGUAAGCGAACAAGGUUAUUUCAUAAGCACUGCGGUCAAAGCGGGAAGCAAACAAGGUCAUGUGCUAACUGUAUAUAGCUCAGCGGGAAGCGAACAAGGUCAUGUACCCGGUGAUGCUGGCAAAGCGGUAGGCGAACAAGGUUAUGUGCCAAGUGCUGAAGGGCCAGCGGAAAGCAAGCAAGGUUACUUACCCAGUGAUGCGGGCACAGGAGUAACUGAAAAUAGGUACGUAUCCAGCAAUGGAGGCCUUACGGGAAACGAACAAGGUUAUGAAACAAGUACUGUUGGCAAAGCGGGAAGCGAACACGGUUAUUUACCAAGUGCUGAAGGAAAAGCGGUUAGCGAACAGGGUUAUAAGCAAACUGCUAAAGGGAAUGCAGGAAGCGAGCAAGGUUACUUACACAGUGAUGCAGGCCCAAGAGUUACUGAGAAAGGUUACGACCCCAGUUAUGCACGCCCACCGGGAAGGAGCAAGGUUAUGUACCAAGUGCUGCGGGCAAAUCGGGAAGCGACAAAGGUUAUGUUCCAAGUUCUGCAGGCAAAGCGGGAAGCAAACAAGAUUAUGUAGCCGGUGAUGCAGGCCUAACUCAAAGCGAGCGAGGUUAUUUACCAAGUGCUGAAGGCUCAAAGGGAAGCGAACGAGGUUAUGUUCCAAAAGCUGAGAGCUCAGCGGGAAGACAACAAGGUUAUAUACCAAGUGCUGAAGGCUCAGCAGGAAGUGAACAAGUUUAUGUACCAAGUACUACAGCCAAAGCGGGAAGCCUAAAAGGUCAUGUACCAAGUGCUGAAGGCUCAACGGGAAGCGAACCAGGUUAUGUACAAAGUACUGCAGUCAAAGCGGGUAGCGAACAAAGUUAUGUCAUAAGUACUGCAGUCAAAGCGGGAAGCAAACAAGGUCAUGUUCAAAGUGCUGAAGGCUCAGCAGGAAGCAAACAAGGUCAUGUACCCGGUGAUGCAGGCAAAGCGGUAGGCGAACAAGGUUAUAUGCCAAGUGCUGAAGGGCCAGCGGGAAGCGAGCAUGGUUACUUACCCAAUGAUGCGGGCCAAGGAGUAACUGAAAAUAGGUACGUAUCCAGCAAUGUAGGUCUUACGGGAAGUGAACAAAGUUAUGUAACAAGUCCUGUUAGCAAAGAGGGAACCGAACAAGGUUAUUUACAAAGUGCUGCAGGAAAAGCGGUAAGCGAGCAGGGUAAUAUGCAAAGUGUUAAAGAGCAUGGGGGAAGCGAGCAAGGUUACUUACCCAGUGAUGAAGGCCCAACGGGAAGCAAGCAAGGUUAUGAACCAGGGGCUGCGGGCAAAGCGGGAAGCGACAAAGGCUAUAUUUCAAGUUCUGCAGGCAAAGCUGGAAGCGAACAAGGUUAUAUACCCGGUGAUGCAGGCCUAACUGAAAGCGAGCAAGGUUAUUUACCAAGUGCUGAAGGCUCAGCGGAAAGCGAACGAGGUUAUGUACCAGAAGCUGAGAGCUCAGCGGAAGCGAACAAGGUUAUAUACCAAGUGCUGAAGGCUCAGCGGGAAGCGAACACGGUUAUGUACCAAGUAGUCCAGUCAAAGCGGAAAGCGAACAAGGUCGCGAAACAAGUGCUGAAGGCUCAAUGAGAAGCGAAACAGGUUAUGUACCAAGUACUGCAGUAAAAGCGGUUAGCGAACAAAGUUAUGUACCAAGUGCUGAAGCUUCAGCGGGAAGCGAACAAGGUAAUGUACUAGGUGCUGCAGGCAAAACGGGAAGCAAACAAGGUUAUUCUCCAAGUGCUGAAGGCUCAGCGGGAAGCAAACAAAGUCAUGUUCCAAGUGCUGAAGAAUCAUCGGGAAGCGAACAAGGUUAUAUACCAAGUGCUGAAGGCUCAUCGGGAAGCGAACAGAGUUUUGUACCAAGUACUAGAGUCAAAGCGGGAAGCGAACAAGGUCACGUAACAAGUGCUGAAGGCUCAGCUGGAAGCGAAACAGGUUAUGUGCCAAGUACUGCAGUCAAAGCGGGAAGCGAACCAGGGAAUGCACCAACUGCGGAGGGCUCAGCGGGAAGCGAAAAAGGUCAUGUGCCCGAUGAUGCAGGCAAAGCGACAGGCGAACAAGGUUAUAUGCCACGUGCUGAAGGGCCAGCGAGAAGCGAGCAAGGUUACUUACCCAGUGAUGCGGGCCAAGGAGUAACUGAAAAUAGCUACGUAUACAGCAAUGCAGGUCCAACGGGAAGCGAACAAGGUUAUGUAACAAGUACAGUUGGCAAAGCGGGAAGCGAACAAAAUUAUUUACAAAGUACUGCAGAAAAAUCGGUAAGCGAACAAGGUUAUAUGCCAAGUGCUGGAGAGAAUGCGGGAAGCGAGCAAGGUUACAUACCCAGUGAUGCAGGCCUAGGAGUUUCUGGAAAAGGUAACGUACCCACUCAUGCAGUCCCAAUCGGAAGCGAACAAGGUUAUGUACCAAGUAAUGCAGGCAAAACGGGUAGCGAACAAAGUUAUAUACCAAGUGCGGAAAGCGAAACGGGAAGCGAACAAAGUUAUGUACCAAGUGCUGAAAGCAAGGCUGAAAGCGAACAAAGUUACGUACCAAGUGCGGAAGGCAAGGCGGGAAGCGAACAAAGUUAUGUAACAAGUGCUGAAGGCAAGGCGGGAAGCGAACAAAGUUAUGUUCAAAGUGCUGAAGGCAAGGCGGGAAGCGAACACGGUUAUGUACCAAGUAAUGCAGUCAAAGCGGGUAGCGAACAAAGUUAUGUACCAAGUGCGGAAGGCAAGGCGGGAAGUGAACAAAGUUAUUUACCAAGUUCUGGAAGCAAGACGGAAAGCGAACAAAGUUAUGUACCAAAUGCUGAAGGCAAGGCGGGAAGCGAACAAGGUUAUGCACCUAGUGUUGCAGGCCUGGUGAAAAACGAACAGGUAUAUCUACCAAGUAAUACAGGCUUAGCUGCAAAUGUACAAGUAUCCAUACCCAAGGAUGCGGGCCCAGAAAGAACUACACACGGCUACGUACCAAUCGAUGCAGGCUUAGCUGGAAUAGAACAAGUUUCCAUAUUCAAGAAUGCCGGCCCAGAAGAAAUUAAACAGGUUUACGUUCCGAUUGAUACAGGCCCAAACAACAAAUGGAAUACAUCGAUGGUAUCUAAACAUGGAGUUGAGAAUGAUCGUCCACUACCGGAAAUGAUAAAUGUGGGUCCUUUGACUAAGCUUUCUGCUAUUGCCGCGUUUGAAACAAUAAAUGAAAGUCAAUUGGGUGCAGAAAAUGCAGCUGUAAGAACCUUUCUGGGGUCUAACAAAAUGGAAAAUAUUGUGGUGUGGGGUUCCACGAUGCAACAUGAAAUCAUUUCAGGUGUGAAAGAUGGUCUCGUAAAUGAUGAUCCCUUUAAAAAGCAGAUGAAUAAAUCAAAUAAUAGAGACCAUUCAAAAACUUCUUUGAACGGAAAUUCGGAUGGAAAAAAAGGAAAAACUUAUACCAAGGGUUCAUUACGCAUGGAAAAUAAUGUGUUACUCAAACCUCUGAGUAAAAUUUUAAGCAAUAAGGCCGAUACAUUGGUAAACAUUGAUCUUAUCGGAAAGUCUAUACAAUUAGUAAAAGAAAAAUAUGUUGAGAAAAGAAUUGGAACGGAAAACAACGUCCUUGGAUCUCAGUCUAACCCAAAAGAACAAACUAUAAACAACCCCCAAACAGUUCCUGCAAAAGUCAUUAACGGCAAGACAUAUAAUGCGGCGGAUUUGAUGGAACCAGGUGCAAUUCAGAACUAUAUUAAAGAUGAAUCUGAGUUGGCAAGACCUACAGAUUGGUCUGCUGUAAACCAACGUCCCUCUAAUGAAAAUCGACAGUUUACGGGUAGGCGUUGGCGCACACGAAGCCGCAAUCGGGGUAGACAGAACAGAUUUAGACCAACGUCUGGAACGCAAAAUGGUCGGAAUGAAAGAAAGCGGUCAGGGUCCAACAGACGUCAGUGAGAUCAAAACGAUAGCGUUAUGAUAAAAAAUUGUAUAGAUCGGUAAAUAUGUUUAUGUAUAACGCUAAAUGGAUAUAAUGUAAUCUAUGUAUACUCUUCAAGAGCCUAUGUAUGUCUUUAAUGUAAUCUGGAAAUACACAUUUAGUGUAUAUAUACUUUCACAAAAGUUGUUAAACUAGAAA